UUAGUCUUGUCAGAGUGGUACAAGGCAACGCAAUGCAGCAGCUGUUUUAAAUUGAUGAAUGAUUACCCGUGGAUUAUCCAGAUUCAAGUUAUUAUCACUGGAAUAAAAAAGGGUGUUUUGUUAUUUAUCUUUAAAAAUCCAUGCAAUGGCGACUGAGUGCACCCAGGACGCGGUUUUACAAUUUCUGACUGAGAGAGGGGGCAAAGUGAGAAACGUGGAUCUGAUAGAUCAAUUCAAACCCUUAAUUUUGAAUGACCCUGCCAAGAAAGCUUUGGCAAAGGAAAGGUUCAAGGAGUUCGUGGACACCGUGGGGUUUGUGAAGGUUGAAAACGAUGUGAAGUAUGUUUGUCUGAAAAAAAAGUACAGGGAUACUUUGAAACAGCGCGUUGGGAAAAAGGCAGAUGGAGACAAUGCUGGCAGUGGAAUAAAAGGGGGCCCUGGUACUCCUGUUCUGGGAUACACGAGCCCGUGCCCUAACAGCAAUGUAUAUUGUAGUCGUGGAUUUGGCAAUGGGUUGCCGGCAGAAUCGGAUAGAAUAGGUGGAGCAGAUUUUGACACUGCAUGUGCUCUCCUGUCAAAGCAUGUUGGUGGUGAAGCUAGUUCAAACAAUACCGCAAACGAUGUUGCAAAACACAAAAUAUUUAUACCUAUGUCAGAUUACGGAGCUAGCAAAGGAAAAAGAACUCCGCCAGACGUUUCUGCAAAUAUUUCUGAAGGUAAAUCGUUAACAUUGUCAGAAGUCGAGCCAGCCGUCGGUGCUGCCUCACCUAUCGACCAAAAUUCUGAACUUUGUAGUGAUUUGGAUAACAAAAAUACCAGCUCAUCUACGAACAGUAAUGCUGAUAGUUGUAAUCGCCAAAGAAAUGUCGAAUUUAUUCUGCCUAGCAUAGCAGUGACAGAGGCUUCUCCAUUGCCCACAGAAGUCAAAUGUCACACAUUUUCAGUUCCUGAAAAUAAAAACGCAGAAAGGAUUAAAGAGAGGUGUUUUUCUCAGCCCGUUGAAAAAUGCAGCACGUCUGUUAACUUGGCAUCGGAUACUGCUCCACUCUGCUGCGGUGUUGGAAAUGAAGAAACUGUGAGCCAGCACACUGUAGAUUCCAAGGGUGCAGAUGGGGAGUCCUGCGCUGACCCUGACGUUAAAACUGUCAAAAGCAGCCCCGGGUUGAGGGAUAGUAAAGAUGAUUUACGUCAAUACUGUAAAGGUGCGCAUUUGGUAGAGAUUCCGAACAGGAGACAAAGCUCAAGAAAUGUUUUUCAGCCUACCCUGCUGGCCAGCAGAGAACAGCAGUCUGGUAAGCUGGCUGAAGAUAGGACAACAUACUGUCAACCUGAUUCCUCUUGUGCUUCUGGGACUGAAAGUGGUGGCAGCACCCCUAAAGGUAGUAGAAAAAUCUUUAGAGAUAUGAUGAUGAACAAUUCACCCCAACUGAGGAGGAGCAUGGCUCUUAAAACCCCAGGUUCCUUGUUACCAAGAUGGAGGGACUCCAUGAAAAGUGAAAGUGACUCAGUCUCCCUGGUGUCCUCUACUGAUGAAGACAGCAGAUCACUGGCCCUAGAUCCAAUGGAACAUGAAUGGAUGAUGUGUGCUUCUGAUGGCCAGUGGGAAAGCCUCAAUCGCUUACUGGCAUGUGACCCCAACUUGGUCAUCAAAAGGGACUUUGUAACUGGGUUCACCUGUCUGCACUGGGCAGCAAAACAUGGCAAACAAGAACUUAUAGCAUUGCUUGUUAACUUUGCCAAACAGCAUGCUGUACCACUGAAUAUUAAUACUCGGUCCAGUGCAGGCUAUACACCUUUACAUCUAGCUGCCAUGCACAACCAUGAGCAAGUAGUAAAAUUACUAGUUGGUGCCUAUGAUGCAGAUGUGGACAUAAGGGACUACAGCGGCAAAAAGGCUUGGCAGUAUCUGCGUGAAAAUGUUGGUGGAGAUAUCCGAGACAUUGUUGGUGCUGCUGAGAAUUCUGAUGCUGACAAUCUAGGUAAUGGGGCUGGGCGCUGGAGGCUGUCAAAAGUUCUUCCUUCAAACUUGUUGCCACACAAACUGUUGAAUCUUCCUGAAGAUGAUUCAUGUGUUGAUGGGGCAGCAGUAAAGCCCAAGUCUGUCUACAGGCAAACAUCUAUGAGCAGAAUAAGACCCAAACUAAAACAAAUUAGAUUUAAAACCCAAAUAAUCCAUAGCUCCUUCUUUAAAGAAACAGAAGAUGGAGAAAGACCCCUGAAAAGCCCUGCUAAAUCAAGACCCAAGUCUAAUCUUUUUGGAUGAAACAGAUAACUACACAAUAUGUAUUUACCAGUAAAAGUUACGGUUUAACGUGUGACUACAAUCAAAAAUACAUAUAUAGAGUGUACUGCAGGUUUUCUUGACUUUCUUGUAGCAGUUAGGGGGUGAUUUGAUCUGUCUGUACCCCACUUUCAUAAAUCACACUUGGAUUUUUUUAGAGCAUUUUACUGUUCCAGGGAAUCCACCUGGAUUGCAUCAACCACUUGGAAAAUUUAACAAAAUGGUAGUGGGAUUACACCCCUCUAAAAUAUGUAUUUGUAACGUGUGAGUUUUAUUCUUACUUAAUUACAUUUUUAUUUUCUGCAAAGCAUGCAACAAUGUCUUUACCUAAAUGAUAGGUUUAUAAAUCAACUGCCAUGUUUACAUUCUACUGUAAAGGUCAUGCUGCUUGUUGCCCAGAUCAGUAUCUGCUGCCUGCAUUUUUAAAGUUCUUCUGUCUGUGGCUAACAGCUAGCUUUACUUAUUUUAUGAGUGCACUUUUAGCAAUAGCAGCAGGUAUCAAAUUAAUCCAGAAUUAACUGGUCACCAAAGGUACUAGUUACCAAGUACCUUUGGAAAUGAACUGAUCACCAAGAUGCCUUUGUAAUUUGCUUUCAACUAAGGUGACUGCUUGUCAGUUUCCUGUUUAUAAAGAGACUACAGUUUGACACUUUGUGCCUGACAUCGGGUUUAGAGACAGAUACCGUACCUACAGAACCACUAAUUAAAUUGUGAUGAAGCAAAAGACAUUUUUGACUAUAGGUUACCAAGAGUAUUAGAAUGUUUGGGUAUAUGGAGUGUGUGUGGGCAGGUAUUACUAUCCAUGUCAGGACAAAAUUUGAGAAAAUGUCCCCACAAAGAUAGUAAC